AUGGCAACCCAACUGGUUCCCCUUGCGGAGGUGGAGAGGCUCAGCGCCUCUGUGAUUAGGAUACUGGGGGGAAAUCCGGGGAAGGUAUGUCUGGUUACCAGCUCACUCUUGCAAGCCACUAACAAGUCGCCCAGUUCACACUACAAGCGCCUUCUCAUCGAUACCGGUGAAGGGAAACCCUCCUGGUCAGUCGCAUUGCAGCAGACACUUACGUCAGAGCGUGCAACCGUUUCCCAUGCCCUGCUAACCCACUGGCACCACGACCACGUCGGAGGUGUACGGGACCUGAGGCGUAUAUGUCCUGAUGUGCAGGUAUAUAAGCAUGAUCCGGAGCAAGGUGAGGGGCAGGGUGGAAUUGAAGACGGGCAGGUCUUCAGUGUUGUAGGAGCAACAGUGAAGGCACUGCAUACGCCUGGCCAUACCAAGGACCACAUCGCGUUUUUGAUGGAGGAGGAAGAGGCCAUGUUUACGGGUGACAACGUACUCGGGCAUGGGACGGCUGUCUUUGAAGAGCUAAAGACGUACAUGUCCAGCCUGGAGAAGAUGGGCGGCCACGCCAGUGCUAAUGGCAGAGGGUACCCUGGCCAUGGCGCGGUGAUUGAGAACUGCAAGUCCAAGAUAGCAGAGUACAUCCGACACCGGCAGCAGAGAGAGGACGAGAUUUUACGGGUGUUAAAGGACGGGUCGCUCGAUAGCAGUCAUCCCGGUGAUACGAAACCUUCCGGCUGGACCCCAAUUGAGUUGGUUAAGGUUAUCUACGCUGCUGUGCCGGAGAGCUUACACCUCCCUGCUUCUCACGGAGUGAUACAGGUUCUGGGUAAACUGGAGGACGAAGGCAGAGUCUCUCAGAGCCAGCAGAGCGGGAGAUGGACAUAUAACAUUAAAGGAGCAGCGCUGUGA